GAUGGCUGACGACCGGGACCUCGCGAACCAGCCCAAGAUGCCGCCGUUACGUCUCACAAGCAACGUCAAGCCCCAGGGCCUUGUCACCAACUCUUCAGACUACCUUCAACUCUUACGCCUGUCAGCUUUUGCAGCUGGCGGCUCCGUCCUUGUCCAUUGAAUUGCUCCUAGUCCUCUGUUGAGUCUUCGUUUCCUGGUUGGUUUUACCCUGCCAGCAGCUUCGGCCACUCGACUCCCUGACAUCCCACGAACGUUGACACAAUUCCCUCCCGCCACGUCAGGCCAUACGGUUCUCGUCGCGAAAGAGCUUAUAUUUCGUCUCACAAACGCGUAUCGCCUUGCUGAAUGCUCUCCGGGCUCAGUAGAAAGGACAAAGGCGGCGCUACACUCACUCCAAGGAGCACGGUUUCCAAGGCGGGGAGCUGCGUCAGGAUCUCAGAGCCAAAUGCGUAGAUAAAGCUGAAAACAUGGGUUUCGUUGGCGUAUAUAGAGCAAUCUAUGACUACACGCCUUCUGGCGAGGGCGAGCUGGCCAUCGCCGACGGCGACUUGCUCUUCGUCUUGGAGAAAGACGAGGACGAUUGGUGGAAAGCGAAGAAAAAGGCAGCUUCGGAGGAUGAGGAAGAACCAGAAGGCUUGAUCCCAGCCAAUUAUGUGGAAGAGGCACAACCGCUCGGCCAAGCAAAAGCUCUCUACGACUACGCGAGACAAACUGACGAGGAGCUUUCCUUCUCUGAAGAUGCCAUUCUGAGCGUCUAUGACAAGUCAGAUCCUGACUGGACGCUCGUUGGGAUCAAUGGCGAAUUCGGAUUUGCACCGGCCAACUACAUCGAGGAGAUUGAUGCGCCACCGCCUACACCCGCUCGCUCACGACCGGCGGCGGCGGCGGAACCCGAACCGGAGCCUCCAGGUCCACCAACUCCGGAGUCCUCACCAAGCCCCGUGCAGACGCCGGCGGCUGCUUUAGCUGGCAUUAUACAGCAGAGAACUGGCGGGGGGGCAGGAGGAGUAGCCGCUAGACGGCCGGUGUCGCCGCCACCAGCAGUAACACUUCCGCCCCGUAACGUACAGUUCACACCGGAGGAAUCAGAGGAGGAAGCACCAGCUCCCAAGUUGCCACGGCGUCCACCCUCAGAUGCGACGUCUCCGCCCGCAACACGCAAUGUGAGAUUUCAGUCACCUACGUCACCAGAGCCGCCUGGUGUCCUGGCGUCGCCACCCCACAAUCGUCGUGUCUCUAUGCGAGAAGAGCAGGAGGAGGCCUUGCACUCUCCGGGUGGAUAUCACAUCUACAACAUCUAUGAAAUGGUUGAAGUUUUGGGAAAGAGAAAGAAAAUGCCCGUCACCCUAGGUAUUAACAUUGCGAAGGGCAUCAUUAUGAUCUCUGCGGAGAAGGAGCGCUCGUCUAAAGAGUGGACGGCCGAUAAGUUAACACAUUACUCGAUCGAAGGGAAACACGUCUUCAUGGAGCUCGUUCGGCCGUCAAAGAGCAUCGAUUUCCACGCGGGUGCAAAGGACACUGCGCAUGAGAUCGUCUCAGCGUUGGGCGAACUUGCAGGUGCUGCACGAGCAGAGGGGCUUAGAGAAGUUAUAGAAGCAGGGUCCGGCUCAAAUCUGAAGAAAGGGAAGAUGUUAUACGAUUUCAUGGCUCAAGGGGACGACGAGGUCACAGUGGCAGAGGGUGACGAGGUCAUUAUCCUGGAUGAUACAAAAAGCGAUGAGUGGUGGAUGGUCAGACGUAUCAAGAACGGCAAGGAGGGCGUAGUCCCGAGCAAUCACGUCGACAUCAUUGGCACAGUACCAGCACCUGCAUCUGUUACCAGUCCUACUGGUCCUUUGCCGUCCACGAGAUCGAUCGUCGAGCAGAAUCGAGCAGAAGAGGAGCGUCUUGCUCGUGAGGCAGCUAGAAGGAAGAGGGAGGUCGAUCCGGUCGACCCUGCUCCAGAGGGAUCUUCGGGCCUGCAACUACCGAAGAGACAUAGCAGCUUGAUGGCAUCGACUGAUGAGCCGACAAGAUCGCGAGACAAGCGAGCAAGCAAAGACACGAAAUCCGAUAAAAAGUCUCUGCCGAAUCCUUCCAAAGUGCGAACAUGGACAGAUAGGACUGGUGCGUUCAAGGUCGAAGCCGAGUUCUUGGGCUUGCGUGAUGAGAAGAUCCACCUGCACAAACUCAAUGGUGUCAAGAUUGCCGUCCCCGUGCCAAAAAUGUCUCUCGAGGAUCUUGAAUUCGUGGAGAGGGCGACCGGCAUUUCUCUCGAUGAACUCAAGCCACUGUCUGACAUCAAGAGAAAGAACUCGAAGAAAGUUGGCCACGCUGGCGCAUCGAUACAAAAGAAGCCAGAUCAUGACUGGUUCGAUUUCUUUCUCGCUGCCGGUGUCGACGCUCAGAUAUGCGAGCGAUACUCACAGGCCUUCAAUCGGGAUAACAUAGGAGAAGAGAAUCUCGAGGAUAUAACUCCAGUGUUGUUACGCACUCUGGGCUUUAAGGAGGGCGAUAUCUUGCGAGUGAUGAAGAGCCUAGAUAUUAAGUUCAACAGGAAGCGACAGGUCAGCUUGGAGGAUCAGGCGGCGAACGGAAGUCUGUUUUCCGGCCCAGGUGGUGCAUUGAAGAACAAUACUGCCAAGGGUCGACCAGCUCCUCCCACGGAAACGAAGAAUGAACUUGAUCCCAGUCUCCUCCGACAGACUACAGGUGAAGAGAAGCAAGCACCGCCGUCAGCGAAUGCACCAAAGCCCGAAAAGGUUACGAACGGUUUCGAUGACAAUGCAUGGGAGCCAAGAGAGUCGAAGACAGCUGCAGCACCACCUCCUGCAACAACAACAACUGCUUCGUCGCCGCCGCCGCCGGUGCAGCCCGCCAUCACCCCAGGCAUGGCGGAACUAUCAUUACUCUCACCUCCUUUGCAACCAACUCCAGCCCCUCAGCCGGCCCCAGCUACUCAAUCUCCUCCGGCCGUGUCCGCUCAACCGGCUCAACCAGCUCAACCAGCUCAGCCCACUGGAGCAACACCAUCAUUGUUCGAACAACUUGCAAAAGCUCAGCCUGCGCAGCCAAAGCAGCGACCGAAUCAGCCGCAGAACACCCAGAAUCUGCCCGUGAACUCUCUCAUUUCUCCUCCCCCCGGUCGAUCCGCGUCGGCUCCACAGAAUCCAAAUCAGCAGGGUGGCUUCCAGCCCCCUCCCUUGCAGCCACAGCUUACUGGCUACAAUCUACCUCUGAGAAUGCAGACGACGGCUGCACCGCCUGGACAAAGUCUGUCAGAUUUAAAUCAGCAACGUUUGUUCCAGCAGCAGCAGGCCGCUUUCUUGCAAGCUCAGCCGACAGGUUUCCAGGGUCAACAGGGAUUCAAUCAAUUCCCGCAGAAUGGUCUCAUGCCUCAGCCUACGGGCUAUGCUGGGCAAUUUAUGCCAGCUCAAACCGGCUUUGGCGGAUUCCAACCUCAGCAAACUGGCUUCCAAAACCCAGCUUUCCAACAAGCUAUCAUGAAUGGGCAGCAGAAUGGGUCGCCAUUUGCUGACCCACCUCGUGCUCCCUUCCAGCCUCAGGCGACUGGCUUCCAACCUCAGGCCACGGGCUUUGGACAGCAGGGCUUUGGGCCCUCGCCACUGCAACCACAACCAACAGGUGUCAAUGCAUUCCUGCCUCCAGCUCUGCAGCCUCAGGCCACUGGAGUUGCUGCGAAUCAAUUGAACAACAAUCAGUUUAACAGCCAGUCGUUCUCUCCCCCUCCAGUCCCACCCAUACCACCUCAGCAGCAAGCUCCUGCACCGCUCAUCCCGCAAAAGACUGGACCUCCACCGCCGGUGAGGUUUGGAACACAGGGAGCCAAGAAGCUUGCUCCUCAACCAACCGGCAGGGCAAACUUGAGCAAAGCUACCCCGCAAAAUCCCUUUGGGUUCUGAGCCGUAAUUCUCACGUAUCUCAUUCAGUAUACACGUUUUCAAAUACCUAGCGUUCAAUCCACUUUCCUCUUCUCUGAACUCCUUGUAAUAUGUGAUCUUUCCCGUGCAUAUCUCGUUCUUUCUUCUUCCCCGAAUUAACACGUGGCAAUGGGUAGGCAUGACGAAAUACGAGAUGACUUGCAUUGUGAGCGGUGCAUGUACAAAGCGAUUGUCUCUCAUAUGUUGUUUUUUCUCUUUUGAAUUGCUGCUUCACUUGUGCGUGCAUGUGUUCAGGGUGGUGGCAGGCUCAUUUUGUGCGUCUCUUCACACGUUGUAUGUAGCGUAAUCUCAUCACUCUGCCUUGAUAA